AUGCACCAAAAAUGCGUUGGAUGCAUCCCAGGCCCAGGCGAGACGAGACGAAACGACCGAGGCUUUUCUGCCUCGGCUUCCAUCCCCCAGCUCCCCAUAUUACCUCCACGACCACCCCGCAAGCAUAACCGUCUCCUACAAGCUCUUGAGACCAUUGAAACAACCGCAACAAUGCCCCGCCCAACCCUCCGCACCCCCCUCUGCGACCUCCUCAACAUCGAAUACCCCAUCCUCCUCGCCGGCAUGGCCCGCACCUCCUCCGGUCCACUCGCAGCCGCCGUCUCCAACGCCGGCGGUAUGGGAACAAUCGGCGGACUCGGCUACACUCCAACCCAAAUGCGCGAGAUUAUCCACGAGCUCAAAGAUAACCUUUCAGACAAGAGUCUGCCAUUUGGCGUCGACCUUGCACUACCUCAGGUCGGAGGCAGCGCAAGGAAGACGAACCACGAUUACACGCAUGGACAGUUGGAUGAUCUGAUCAGUGUGGUGAUUGAGGAGGGGACGAAGUUGUUCAUUUCUGCUGUUGGUGUGCCGCCGGAACGGAUUAUUAAGAGACUGCAUGAGGCGGGGAUUCUGGUGAUGAAUAUGGUUGGGCACCCGAAGCAUGCGCAUAAGGCGUUGAAGGCGGGUGUGGAUAUCGUGUGUGCGCAGGGAGGUGAAGGGGGUGGGCAUACUGGGGACGUGGCGACGAGCAUUCUCAUUCCUUCAGUGGUGGACGUUGCGAGGCAGUAUACGAGUCCUAUGACAGGGAAACCGGCGAUGGUGGUCGCAGCGGGCGGGAUCUCGAGCGGAAGGUCAUUGGCGGCGAGUCUGUCAUACGGAGCUGUGGGAGUGUGGGUAGGGACGAGAUUCGUGGCGAGCAAGGAAGCGGGAUGCAGUCAGAUGCACAAGGAGGCGGUUGUCUCGGCGACAUUCGAGGACACCAUCCGGACGUUGGUUGUUUCUGGACGGCCGUUGAGGGUGCGGAUGAACGACUACAUCAAGUCGUGGGAGAUCGAUCGGCCAUCGGAGGUUAAGGCGCUGUGCGAUAGUGGCGUGGUGCCGAUGGCAAAGGACAUGGAGGAUGAGAGGGAUGAGGUCGAUAUGCCGUUCUUGAUGGGGCAGGUGGCGGGUGUGAUUCAGAAAAUUCAGCCCGCGAGGGAGAUUGUCGAGGAGAUGGUUCAAGAGUGUGUGGAUAUGCUGCAGACUCAGCAGAAUUACUUGGGCAAUGGCAGGAAGAGUCGCUUGUAG